GCAUUUCUUUCCACAUUAUGCAUUUAAUUUUUUAACAUCAUUUUUGUAUAUUUUUGUCAUGGGCUUAUCUAAAUUACUGUUUAGUUCUAGAUAUCUUCAGAAUGGUGUGGGGUACAUGGGGCGGAGGCUGCUUGCCUCGGAGGCCGGCCACCCUCCGUGUGAAAGUCAAGAAUCAGCAAAGAGUGCCGGCAGCGCGGGAGCAGUGAACAGGAAAGCGGCCGUGUGCGGCGUUUACCAAACAAACGGCGGGUAUGAGCUCUCCGAGUGGGCCGCUCAACUCGAUGCAGAGUCCGGUAACAAGCUGACCAAACAACUUAAUGUGCUGGGAGCUGAUUUCAAAGUGGGCCAGGCGGUGGUUGUGUCAGAUGUGGGCCAGUACGAGGCUGUAGCUCUCAGCAGCUUCGGGCCCAAGGAGGCUGCCGAGGAUGAGCUGGAAGGUCUACACGAGGGGAAGGAAAACGUGCGGUGGGGUAUAGGCGCCGGUCACAAAGUGCUAAGUCCGUACGGGUUCCACAAUCUGCAGACUUGGUACGACCCCGGACAACACCCGGACGCUAGUGCGGAGAGUUUCACGCUUGCAGAGUGGAAGUUCGAUAAGUUCCGUCACCGUCCCCCCCUCCCGCCGGGGGGGCAAAUCCCGGUAGAGUCCGACGAUGGCAAGGAGGGCCAGAUCCGAGGGCAAGCCCAGAACUGGGCCCGAUAUCUGUCCGACAUGCCGGCUAACAAGAUGACACCCACGGAUGUUGCACAGGAAGCGAUAGACGUCCUAUGCCCGCUAGGUGUCAGAGUAACCGCCCACGACAGACAUUGGAUCGAAGCUAACAACAUGCAGGCGUUCCUGACCGUAGCUAGGGGUUCUUGCGAACCCCCCAUCUUUCUAGAGUGCGAAUACAAAGGUCUGGAAAGCGGGAAUACUAUUCUGAUGGCAGCAAAAGGCGUCACUUUCGAUAGCGGCGGGCUGUGCCUGAAGCGGCCGGCCGACAUGAUCGAGAACCGCGGCAGCAUGGCCGGCGCCGCCGCCGCGCUCGGCGCCAUACAGGCGCUCGCGAGACUCAAGGCCAAAGUGAACGUGUCUCUAGUGGUCCCGCUCUGCGAAAACAUGAUCUCGGGCCAGUGUAUGAAAGUCGGCGACAUAGUACCGGCGCUCAACGGACUCAACAUACAGAUCGAGGACACAGAUAUGGAAGGGCGGCUGAUGUUGGCAGACGCGCUAGUGUACGGGCAGGCCAAGUACAGGCCAUACACCAUCGUCGAUGUAGCCACGCUCACACACGGAAUCAAGAUGGCGACUGGCGGCGGCUGCUACGGCUGCUUCUCCAAUAAAGAGUGGCUGUGGGAGUGUGCUAAGCGAGCUGGAGCCAUAUCCGGAGACCGGCCUUGGAGAUUCCCGCUCUGGGAUUACUAUAAGAAGCAGAUUGUUGAUGAUCCGUCAGUGGACUUGAGGAACCGCGGCUCAGGAAAAGCAACGCCUUGCAUCGGUGCAGCCUUCCUACAGCAAUUCGUCUGCGCCGACUGGCUCCACUUCGACAUCACCGGCGUGGGCAAGCUGGCGCACGACCCGCCGCCAUACCUGUGCUCCAAGCGCAUGAGCGGCCGCCCCACUAGAGCGCUCACGCACACGCUCAUGCACAUCGCGCACUACGAUGACAAGUGCAGGAACAAGCAUCAAUAAAGGAUUGGGGAGCACAAACAAGCUUCGUACCAAGUCUACCUCAGGAUGGAUAAAUUGUAUUGUACUUGUAACUUGGCGCCGUGAUGUGUGAAAAUUGUCUUGGACGAUUUCUUAAUUUUUACAAGCUAGUUGCGCCAAGUAGCAAAAAAUGUAUCUAUAACACGUAUAUUUUAAUAAGUUUAGUUCUAUUAUAAUUUUCUUAUUACUCUAUCUUUAGGUAUUUAAAUCAAUGUAAGCAAAAUCUACCCACAAAGGUACCCUUUAUACCAGUUGAGGGUAAAUUAAAACAUAACACUGCCAAAUAAGAAGGUCGAUCAAUCACAGAUUCACUUCGUUUUUAUAUCCUGGUCGGUUAACCGACAAAUGUAACUACCCGAAAAAGUACAAAUUACUCGUUUACGUUCAUUUAAAUACCUUAAAGUACAGAUUAUAAAUGUAGACAAUUUUUCCUUAAAAAAGUAAUACAAUCAGUUCAAGAAAAGUUGACAAUGAUUUCGACAACCUCGCCAGCACUAUUCUUAUUUUAAACGUCAAACUUCGAUUAAGUUAUGUCGUUGAGUCUUUUACACGUUCGACCCAGGCACUGCCUUACCAAAAGCCUCCACUACGCAGGUAGUUAACUAAUAAAUCGACUUCUUACAAACUUCUUAUGAACGUUUUGAACACAACUGCCGUGUUUGCCGGCCUAUGCCAGUAAAUUUGUUUGAACACGUGUCACUGGCAUAGGAGUUUGUUUUGAUCACAGACCUUGUGUCACCGGCACCGAACGUGUUAACCCUUAGGGCUCAAAAUCCUUGCCAACUUAUGACUCAAAGAUAUUAUAAACUUUUCACACACCACAGCUCGUGUACAGUAGUCUCAGGGAUCGAACAAUGACAACACACAUUACAGCCAUUCAGAAUGUAAUUGUUUUAUGCAAUAAAUAUAAUUUGGAAAUACUAA